CAUCUGGCGGCAGCCAUCAGUUUUUUUUCCGCAAAGGUAAGCCAAAAUGGGCGCUUACAAAUACAUCCAGGAACUAUGGAGGAAGAAGCAGUCCGAUGUGAUGCGCUUUCUUCUCAGGGUGCGCUGCUGGCAAUAUCGCCAGCUGUCGGCCCUCCACAGGGCACCCCGCCCCACCCGGCCGGAUAAAGCGAGAAGACUGGGAUACAAAGCCAAGCAAGGUUAUGUCAUAUAUCGGAUUCGUGUGCGCCGUGGUGGCCGCAAACGUCCAGUUCCAAAGGGUGCAACCUAUGGCAAGCCUGUCCACCAUGGUGUAAAUCAGCUGAAGUUUGCUAGAAGCCUUCAAUCUGUUGCUGAAGAGCGAGCUGGACGCCACUGUGGAGCUCUGAGAGUCCUGAAUUCUUACUGGGUUGGUGAAGAUUCCACGUACAAAUUUUUUGAGGUUAUCCUCAUUGAUCCAUUCCAUAAAGCUAUCAGAAGAAACCCUGACACCCAAUGGAUCACUAAACCAGUCCACAAGCACAGGGAGAUGCGGGGGCUAACAUCUGCAGGCCGCAAGAGCCGUGGUCUUGGAAAGGGCCACAAGUUCCACCACACUAUUGGUGGUUCUCGCCGUGCAGCUUGGAAAAGGCGCAAUACUCUCCAGCUCCACCGUUACCGCUAAUAAGUAAUGUUUGUAAAAUUCUUACCUAAUAAACAAUUUAGGACAGU